AUGGCUGCCGCAAGCCCUCUUCCUCCUCACCUACGCAGUGAUCGCGAGGUUCACGUGGUCAUCUCGAUCCUGUCCGGGCAGAGAAAAGCCCAGGAAUACUACGACGAUACGCUCAAGCCGUUCUUGGACGGCCACCAAAUCAGAUACAGCACUCAUACGACCAAGUCCUCCAAAACCAUCACCGAACUGACAACAAGUCUGUUCCUGCCCAACGCCGUCAAGGGCGUCAAGCAGACCAUCAUCCUUCUGUCCGGGGAUGGCGGCGUCGUGGAUGUCGUCAACACUCUUACAUCUACUCUGAACCGGAGCAGCGACGACAUCCGAAUGCCGUCGGUAUUCAUGAAGCCGGCGGUCGUCCUCAUACCCACGGGCACGGCCAACGCGCUGGCCUGGAGCUCCAAGGUCGCCGGGGACCCGCUGGAUGCCAUGUUGACAGGAACUCCACGGCCGCUGCCAACUUUCCAAGCGAGGCUCAGCCCGGGGGCGAGGCUGGUGGUGGACGAGGGCCAAGGCCGGGAGCUGCUGGCAGCCUCGGACGACGCCGAGACCGUCACGUACGGCGCGGUGGUGUUCAGCUGGGGUCUGCAUGCGAGUCUCGUCGGUCUGAGUGACACGACAGAGUACCGCAAACACGGCCUGCAGAGGUUUCGGAUGGCGGCCGAGCAGCUUCUCAAGGACGACCACAAGUACAGGGGGAAGGUCAAAUGGAGGAAGGCCGGCGGAGAGUGGACCGACGUCCGAGGGCUCGAACACUCGUACGUGCUUGCUUCCCUGGUCUCGAACCUCGAGGAAACGUUUCGGAUCUCGCCCGCUACGAAACCGGUCGACGGGACGCUGCACCUGGUACACAUCGGCUCCGAACCUGCCUCGGAGAUCAUGCGCAUCCUAGGCCUGGCGUACCAGGCGGGCCAACACGUCACGGAUCCAAAGGUCUCUUACGAAGAUAUCGAGGGCCUGAGGAUCGAGUUCUACGAAGACGACGAGCAGUGGAGGCUGGUCUGUGUGGACGGCAAGAUCAUCGCCCCAGCCAAAGAUGGAUGGGUCGAGGUGACCAAGAUUCCCGGCUCAGGUGUCGACGGACGAAGAGUUGUCGAGCUCGUAUGUUGA